GACUGAUAGAGACUCCUUUUCUUCUGCCCAGUUGGCUCAGAUCCAGAGUUUGCCCGCUAUGUGGCUGGGGUCAGCCAGGCCAUGCAACAGAAAAGGCAGGCGCAACACUUUCGUCGUCCCAGCAAUGCACGUAGCAACUGGUCUCAUCCUGAUGACCUCCACAGGACCUGGCCCUUCCCAGAGUAUUUCACAGAUGGGGAGAUGACCAGCAGCUGGUCAGGGACUCAGGGGGACUCUGCCAGCUCCAGUGACGAGACCUCCUCAGCCAAUGGAGACAGUUUGUUUUCCAUGUUCUCAGGGCCUGACAUUGUGGCUGCUGUCAAACAAAGAAGAAAACACAGCAGUGGGGAACAAGACACAAGCACACUUCCUUCACCGCCACUCCUUUCCACCGUGGAUGAUCAUAACCAGGACAAUAAAACUAAAACUUGGCCCCCGAAGGCUCCUUGGCAGCACACACAGUCGGGUCAAAAUAUGUCUUUAUAUCAGCUAAGCAGCCCUGCCAGCCACUGGAACGACGCCAUGCAGAUGCUGCCGUCUCCCGUUUGGUCCUCCGCCAACGACUGCCCUCCGCCCACAGGGAUGGCCUCCCCGUUUGCCUACACCCAGCAGCCUCCGCAGUCGCCACCAUUGCCCCUGGCUCAGCACAAGCAGGGGCACAAGGGCUUUAAACCUUUUCCGGGCAAGCACGAGCGUCGGCCAUCCUAUCUGCCGCAGUACUGAUGCCCCGUUUCCUCCUGGCCGAAGAAGCAGCAGCCGAGGACCAAAGUCUUUGGUAUGAUCCGGGCUUGCUUGGUUUCUGUCUGCUGGGGGGUGGCGGGGGGGGGGGGGGGGGGGUAACAGCUUUGGUAGUGAAGUCUCUCGUUCCUUGCGGCCCUUGGCACCCGGUGUCUACCCAACAGCCUAAACUGUGACCCUUUCAAAGCAUACGGAUGCCCCCGGUCACAAAUGGUGACCCCCUCACCACAGAAAACACUGUAUUUUAUAGCUAUUUUUUCAUAUAGAUUUAUAGUUACCAUUUCUUGCUAAAACAGAUUUGAGUAUUUUUAAGCCAAUCUAGCAGUUUUGCUCAACGCUCAUUUUCUUCAGAUUUCUAAUUGACAAAAAUUAUAAAGUCUUCGCUCUGACUUUCACAGGCUGUGAUAGCUUUUUUAAUGCAGUCGUUGUUAAUAUGCUGCAAACUCUUUGAAACAGGAGUGGGGCAAACAACAACUGAGAACCUGAUUCUUUCCAGUUACUUAGUUUGUGCAAAACAGCUGGAACCGCUUGAAGUCCGUGAAAAGUGAUCCUGGCCAAGCAGCGUGAGCCCUGUCCACCUCCAUGAAGUCCUUUUGGUGGGUUUAUGACACUCCGUUUGAUACGCCUCCAUUUGGCCAAAGGCAUUAUCCAUACAGUGCUCCUUAAAUAUAUGAAAGAAUAGUUAAGACUACUUGCAAAUAUAAGUCUUAUUUCAAUGCUAGACUUAGUGUGUAAAAACAUGAGCUGGCUCAGAAGAGAGAGAACUUAAAACACUAUUUUUUGUAGUGCUAAGAAUUAAAAUAAAGUACUUUCAGUCAAUAUGUGCCAUUAAAUAAUUGAACCUGUGGAAUUAGAAAUAUCUUCCAACCAAAGUGGAUCUGGGGAAUGACUGGUGCUUCAAAUGGGAAAAAGGUAAAUAUGUAUAGUGAUCCCAUUGUAUAUUAAUCGAAGUGAGAGAAGUCUUUAUAAAACCUAUUUAAAUUUUCAUAUUUCAUCUUUGAAAGAGUAAUUAUAAACCACAAUAUUUUCUGGUAUAAAGGUUUUUGACAGUAUUAAUAUUAUUUUUAUAUUUUCUUAAUUCAUAUCAUUCUAAUACAUUGACAAGUAAAAUGGGUUAUUAGUUAUAAAUACACAUAGUUUUUGAUGAAGAUAAAAGCACAUUUAAGUUCCCAUUUUCUACAAACUUACAUGUGUAUAUUAAAGAUACCAAAUAUA